ACUAAUAGAGAAGAGAGUGACAGUGUUUAGGCCUCUCUCCUGGAGGAGAAGUCGAGAAGAUGUUACUAGGGCAGAAGGUAAAUCAAAACAACGGAAGCUUUUGCUGACAAGAAGUUAGAAGCAUUCAGCAAGUUCUCUGUUAAUCUUAGGCAGGGAGAACUCGUGUCAUGUUACUUCAGACAAAAAAGAAAGCUAGUGUGUCUAUAUAACUAAGAUAACUUCAUUUCUGAUGGGCGUUCCACCCUGAAUUCCUUUAUCAGUAAUCCAAAUCAGGUUACUUAUAUCCAAAGACCAUGAUAAUUACGUGCGUGAUGGUAAGAAGUUUCUACGAGCUGUUGCUUCGACAGUUUUGGUGAUAGCAUAGAGUUUUCUGUCUGUUCAAAUAUUUCCCUUUUGGUGUUUAUUGUAGAUUGAAAGUAAUGCUUAAACAAGAAUCUUGUUCAGAAUGGAUGAGCAGAUGAAUUAUCAUACAAUGCCAUUGUUAGGUUAUUUGAGGUUAAUUACCAUAAAGGAUUUCCGGGGGGGGGCAAUUUCUGCUCCUGUAGUCAACAAGGCCUAAUUACAUGUGGAGUGUCGAGUAUGUGUAGCUGAUUCAAUUUUGAAGCUUGAGAAUAUCUUCUUGUUUGACAAUGUGAUCCCCAAGGUUGCAGAACUUUGAGCUUGGGAGCUCACUUGGAGAGGAAGCAGACUCCUUUUCGGAGACUUUAUUGGGAAGAGCUAUUUAUGUGUUUGGAGAGAUGUGACUGCAGAUUACGACAUGCCAGAUUACCAUUCUUGAUAACAUUCUGCACUGUUUUAAGUUAAUGAGACCAGUGAAGAACUAAAUUUGGAGACAUAGGAAGAAUCUGAAUUAGUAGAAAAUCAGUGAGGAUAGCUUUGUUGUUCAUGCAAAGCCAACUGUUCAUACCAUCUCCUGGGUUGAAGAGGUGAAAGCAAUUAAAAACAUUAACCAUUUGAAAAUAUUAACAAAUUCAAUCUGAAAAAAUGAUUUGGGUUGAUCGAGGUAUUUUCUUUAGAGGGACUUUUAGCCCAUAUGUGGGAAAUGGGAAUUAAAAAGUAGUGGUUGAAGUCUGAAAGUCGAGCAAGAAGUACGGGAAAAGACGAAUACUUUUGUGAAUGAAGACAAAAGUUCAUGGUUCCUCCAUCUCUCUAUUAACGAACAGAAAAACAUAUAUUUGACUGUUGGAUGAUUUGGAGCCACAAGGUUUCGUUUCUUCUGGUUAAUCAAGAUUUUUGUACUCUUACCAUGCAUUCUAUUAUCAAUUCGACACCGAACACUCUCAACCUCAAAGUUUCAUUCUUUCAUCUUCCUUUCUCUCUCCGUGUUUUUUAUCUGGAAAAAAGCAGUCUUCUCGAGGCUGUUCUGGUUUUUGUAGGAUUCUUAAGUCCUUCCGGUCGAAGUUGCCAUGGAAGCUCUCAGAAGUUGUUCUCUGGCAUCGGUUCACAUACCACCAGUAAACAAAACCCAGUUGGCUAAACCCAUGUUUGUGGGUUUUCAGAUUAACCUAGUACCCACUUCAUUUCAGAAGAAUAGAUCAAAGUUCAAGGCGUUCGCAGCCUUGUCAUCAUCCCCAAAUACAACAGAGUCGAUGGAGAGAGCUGAUAUGGAGCUGAAGGUGAACAGUGAUGGAGAGAAGUUUGAUUGGUACUCUCACUGGUAUCCUAUUAUGCCCGAGUGUGAUUUGGACAAGAGGGUGCCACAUGCUAAGAAAGUGUUGGGCAUUGAUGUAGUGGUGUGGUGGGAUAGGAAUGAGAGUGCAUGGAAGGUGUUUGAUGAUAGUUGUCCUCACAGGUUGGCUCCUUUGUCAGAAGGAAGGAUUGAUCAGUCGGGAAGGUUGCAGUGUGUGUAUCAUGGUUGGUGCUUUAAUGGAUCCGGUGACUGUAAGUUCAUCCCUCAGGCACCACCUGAUGGGCCGCCGGUGCACACAUUCAAGCAAGCAGGUGUAGCUGUUUAUCCAAGUACUUUGCACCAAGGCGUUGUGUGGUUUUGGCCUAGCACUGAUCCUCAAUACAAAGAUGUUAUUACCAAGAAAAAGCCCCCUAGCAUUCCAGAACUAGAUGAUCCCUCAUUUACCAUCUUGAUGGGAAACAGAGAUAUCCCUUAUGGGUACGAAAUUUUCUUAGAAAAUCUUAUGGACCCUGCACAUGUUCCAUAUUCACACUAUGGAUUAAUACAAACUGUGGCACACAAAGACAAGGCUGAUAGAGAAGGAGGCAGACCACUUGAUAUAAGUGUUAAGAAAUUAGAUGUUAAUGGCUUCUUUGCAAAGCAGGGCUUGAUCACUGGAAAAUUCACAGCACCUUGCGUCUAUCAUUAUACUAAUAACCCUGUAUUGGACGAAGAAAUUAGAUCUGUAACAUCUGCGGAAGAUAAAAAGGUAUCAUCACCACAACGGAUAUUUUCUUUAAUUAUUUUAUGCGUUCCAGUUAGUCCAGGCAAUUGUAGAUUGAUCUGGUGCUUCCCAAGAAACUUUGCGAUUUGGAUUGACAAGAUUGUACCUCGAUGGCUCUUUCAUAUAACGAAUAACCUGAUUCUUGAUUCAGACAUGUAUCUUCUUCACCUUGAGGAGCGUAAGAUAGAGGAAGUCGGCGCUGCCAAUUGGCAGAAAGCUUGUUUUGUGCCAACAAAGUCAGAUGCCAUGGUGGUCAGUUUCAGAAGGUGGUUCAACAAGUAUGGAGGCGGUCAAGUUGAUUGGAGGGCCAAGUUUAGCGGAGCUCUCCCGCCAACACCUCCCAGAGAACAACUGUUGGACAGGUACUGGACUCACGUGGUGAACUGUCGAAGUUGUAAUGGCGCUUACAAGGUCCUGAAUGCAGUCGAGGUCACGUUGCAGGUCCUCUCGAUCGUUUCAAUCGGAGUAGUUGCUGCAACAAAGCAAAAUCUGAUGUCUGCAGCUGGAAGAACUGCAAUGGUCUUAAUUGCAGUGAUAUGUUUUGCAGCUUCAAGAUGGUUGGCACAUUUCAUCCACAAAAACUUCCAUUACCAUGGCUAUAAUCAUGCCCUUGUCUGAGUUCAGUUGUUUUAAACAGAUGCCAUAGUUGCAGGCAGUGUAAAUAUUAGUAAAUGGUUGUUUGAAAAAGAACAUAAUAUAUGUAUAUAUAUAUAUUGGUGUGACUCAGAAGAUACCUUCAUGCCAGUUUUGCUGGGACUGUAAAUAUGAUAAUUAAGCA